AUGGCGCCCCGCCGCGCGCCGCCGCAGCGCCAGGCAGCGCUCACUGCGGAUGCUGGCAAGUCGGCGCCUGCAGAGCCCGUGGCCAGCUCCUCGCUCGCCGCCGAGCAGCCCGUCGACGCUGCUCCGGCACUGCGCAAGAGGGCGCCGAGGCCCAGCCGCAGCAAGCAGAGCAAGGCUGCCGCCGCGGCCGCUGCUGCGCCUGCGCCCAGCGCCGAACCGGCCUCGUCGCCAAAGGCCACCACCGCACCUUCUUCCGCAUCACGCUCGCCCAGCCAGUCACCCGACAGCGCCUCCAUCUCGCCAGCACUCACCGGCACGAGUCCCUGCACGUCGGGCCCCGAGUACUCCAUCGGCGCUCCAUCGAGGGUCGACUCGCCGUCGGGCCUGGCGGCGCCGAGCACAAGCACCAGCGAGGCGCCGUCCAAGGCGUCCAAGGACUCUUCUCGCCGGCGCGUCAAGAGCAGCGAGCCGUCGAGCGUCGUGCCGCGUCCGCCCAACGCAUGGAUCCUGUACCGCUCCGCCAAGCUCCGUGCUGGCGCCUCGUCAAACGAGCAAGAGAUCGGCCUGCCGUUGGCGCCGAUGCCUGGUCCCAGUGAAGCCGCUGCUGCGCCUGUCGAGUCGGAGAGCGCGACCGACGAGUCUGGCCAGCGACGGCCAGGUGACUUGAGCAAGCGUCUCUCGGCGGCAUGGAAGGCCGAGCCACCCGAUGUGCGGGCCCACUUCUACCAGCUGGCGACGCAGCGGCGUCUCGAGCACGAGGCACUGUACCCGGACUACAAGUUCACGCCGCGCGUCACCGAGAAGCUGGCCAAGUCGCGCGAGGUGCGCGCUGCGGCUGCCGCCGAGACGCGGAAGCGCAAGGAGGAAGAGCUGGCCACCAGGCACAAGACGACGAGCGUCGAGGGCAGUGCAGAGCCCACCAGCGCAACGCAACAGGAGCCGGACGCAGCACGCGUCGCCACGCCACCGCCGGCGCCGGCUGCUCGUGCGUCGCGUGCCAAGUCGAGCAGUCCAAAGAAGAAGGCCAAGGCCAAGAUCGCCCCUCGCAAGGCCGCGGCUGCGGACGCGGAGGCCUCGCCUGAUCCUGCCAGCCUCGAGCGCCGCAGCUCGUAUCCCUCGACGCCGGCAGAGUGGGCAGCGCCGGCGCCGUGGGUGCGAGACGCGCCUACAGCCGAGCCUCGCGGCGAAGCGUCCGCCAGCCAGGCUGCGCCGGUGACGCUGAGUCGCUCGGGUUCGAAGAAGAAGCGCCUUUCCGUCGACCUGCGUGGCACUGGCAGACGCGCUGGGCCGUAUCCGCCGACGUCGAUGCGUUCGCCUCGCUCGCCGGCCGGUGCGACGUUCGAGACGGCGAUGCCGAGCUGGAGCACGACAGCACGGUCAUUCGAGGCCCGUCGGACAGUCAGCGGCGGUGCGGCCGAGUGGCGUCCACUGAACGCGCCGCCGGCAGGUAGCAGCGACGAGGCCGCGCCGAGCCAGGCUCGCGCGGCCGCUCACGGCUCAGACUCUGGUCUCGCAUCGCCGACGCCGCGUCGCCGUGCCCGAGCUGCGACGUCUGCCGCUUCUUCGCCGCAUCAUCGUAUGCACUUCGACCUCGGCUUGGGCCUGCCUGAGCGCCAAUACCGGAGUGCUCCGAGCACCUUGGGCGCAGCGUCUUGGGACCUCGCGUCGAGCGGCCUUGCGCAAGAGCCCUUCCAGGGUUGGGACGAGCGCGCCGAGCCGAGUGGCAACAUGACCUACUCGGCCGACGAUUUCGACUUCGAUGCGGCGCACGCGCACGCUCAUGCCAUCGGACGUUCCGAGGAGCUGCCGAUGCAGAUCGACCCGAGUCUGCUCGAGGCGGAAGGCAGCAGCAGUGGCCUGAUGUCGUACGGCCAGACCGAGUCCGCGUCGCCCGAGCUUGCCGAGGCCGAUCCGCUAGGCAUCUUCGGCGGCGUCGGUGCGCCAACGUACGAGACAUCCGACGGCACGCUGCUCAACUUCCAGCUGCCCGACUCGCUCGACCGGCAGGCGGCCAUGAUGCUCCUGAUGGGCGACCACAACGAGUCGAGCGACGGGCGCGGCGGCCAUGCCUUCAUGCCUGGCUCGAGCGGCGAGCUCUUCGCGCUGGACGGCGAUCAUCUGCGCCUGGCUGGACGGAUGCAGUUCGACGGCGUGCCGAGCAUGCAUCUCAACGAGCGGCAGCCGCGCGGGCCUUACGCUACCCAGCCGUUGAGCGGAGGCUCGAUGGAGGGCUUGCAGGCUCCGGACAUGCGAGCUCAGCACUCUGGCGACGCGCAACGCGGAUACGCCGGGCUCGCUGAUGGACGGAUGAGUGCAUCUCAGAACACUUCUGGCUAUGGUGGCGCCGAAAAGGCAGGGCGUGUCAACGUCGACAGCUACGAUGGUCAGUGGCGGAACUCUGCUGCGUCGCCUACGGGCCUGCCUGGCACGGCAUCGAUGGCCACAUCGAACAUGGCGGAGCCAACGCUUGCUCCGCGUGCUGCUCAGGUCUCGGAGUUCGCACCUCUGGUGCCGCGACGUCCAUCGCUAGGCGCCAACUUGCGCAGCUACAGCUACACCAGCCCGGCACAAGCCUCGCCACCUUCGCUGGCGACGCAGCGAUGGCCUACGUACUCUGGUGUUGCGCCCGGUCGCGAAGUGCAGCCCUCUUGGCAGCCUUCAGGCGCUGCGGCUCCAGUCCCGCAGCAGCAGCAGCCGCCACCGCCGUCAGCGCCAGAGCCGCAGCACCACUAUCGACACCAACAUUACAGCGACCACGACCAGACUUCGGGCUACCCGGAGCACGACGCAUCUGGUCAAGGCCGCGACGCGUUCCCGCUGCCGAACUUCAGUCGUCCGCUGUCGCCGCAGAAGCCGUUUGGCAGCGACGAGCCCUCGCAUCUCGACGACACCGACAUGUCGUGGGAGCGAGCAGUGUCGGCGGUGGUGCACGACGCGUUCCCGCUCUCGCAUCCCUCGGACGCUUCGGCGCUGCAGGACGCGCUCGACUUUGGCGCCAUGUCCGUGUCGCGCGCCAGCAACGAGCACUCCUCCUCCUUCGGCGGCGUGUCCGGCAUGCCGGCCGAGCCGAAGCUCGAGCUCAACGGCACCUUCUCCGAGGGCGAACUGCUGGCGCACCUCGAGGCCCUGCGUCGACGCCGCGCUGCCUGA